AUGUCAGACGAUUUAGCUGCUACAUUUAGCAGUCUAGUGCUAGAGAAUUGCACAGAAGAAACAAUGCAACUAACUACUAAAGAUGAUAUAAAAUUUGACAAGAUUGAGGUUAGUGGUAAAACCUGUUCUGAUGAAGAAGGUUCAAUUUAUGGGGAAGUUGAUGAAGCCAUUGCGGAGAAAAGUUGGUGGAAGCGUUUUUACUACAAACAUGUUGUUGUGGAUAGCGCCACAUUGAAUGUUUCUUUGACUCAAUCCUUUUUGUACAAUUAUGAUUUGAAGCCUGUGGAAGAAGAUAGAAGACUUUGGUCAUGGCACAAUUACCUGUGGUUUUGGUUGGCCGAUUGUUUUAACAUUAGUACUUGGCAGGUCGCUGCAACUGGUAUGCAAUUAGGUUUAAAUUGGUGGCAAUGUUGGGUGACUGUGUGGAUUGGUUACGCCAUGGCCGGUGCUUUUGUUGUGUUGUCUUCUAGAGUUGGUGCCACAUAUCAUUUGUCAUUCCCAAUCAGUGUGAGAGCUUCUUUCGGUAUUUUCUUCUCCAUGUGGCCUAUUAUAAAUCGUGUGGUGAUGGCAAUCGUGUGGUAUGCUGUUCAGGCAUACUUGGGUGGUUCAACUGUCUCUUUGAUGUUGAAAUCAAUUUUCGGUAGAGAUUUGAAUGAGAGAAUUCCAGACCAUUUUGGCUCACCAAAUGCUACCACUUACGAAUUCAUGUGUUUCUUCCUCUUUUGGGUUGGAAGUAUACCGUUUUUGAUUGUUCCACCACACAAGCUGAGACACUUGUUCACCGUGAAGGCUGCUUUGGUUCCGUUUGCCGCCUUUGGAUUUCUGAUUUGGGCCGUUAAGAAAUCUCACGGAAAUAUUGCCCUAGGUACUUUGAAUGAUGAUGCACCACACGGUUCUGCCUUCAGUUGGGUUUUCAUCAGAUCUAUGAUCGGUUGUUUGGCCAAUUUUGCUACGUUGAUCGUGAACGCUCCUGAUUUCUCAAGACUUUCAAAGACCCCAUCGUCCUCGUUAUGGACUCAGCUUGUUGCGAUUCCAUUCUUAUUUUCCAUCACUUGUCUAAUUGGUAUCAUUGUGACUGCGGCUGGUUACGAGUUAUAUGGUAUCAACUACUGGUCUCCAAUUGAUGUGCUGGCGCAAUUCUUAGAAACCACUUACACAAGGGGUACUAGAGCUGGUGUUUUCCUGAUUUCAUUUGUCUUCACGCUUGCACAAUUGGGUACUAAUAUCUCAGCCAACUCUUUGUCUUGCGGAACAGAUAUGACUGCAUUGUUACCCAAAUACAUCAACAUUAAGCGUGGUUCAUUGUUUUGUGCUGCUAUGGCGCUCUGCAUUUGUCCAUGGAACAUGUUAGCUAGUUCCAACAAAUUCACCAUGGCAUUGUCCGCUUAUGCCAUCUUCCUUUCAAGUAUUGCCGGUGUAGUAGUUUCCGAUUAUUUUAUCGUGAGAAGAGGUUACUUGAAGCUGACUCAUUUGUACUCUAAUCAACCAGGCUCCUUCUACAUGUAUAACAACAGAUUCGGUAUCAAUUGGAGAGCCGGUGUGGCCUACCUUUGUGGAGUUGCUCCAAACCUACCUGGUUUUAUUGGAACCGUGGGUGCGCCACAAGUCACAGUAUCUGACGGCGCACUCGAGUUGUAUUAUCUGAACUAUUGGGUCGGAUUCUUCAUUGCUGCCUUAAUCUACGUCGGUUUAUGUUACAUCUCCCCAGUCGCAGGUACACCUGUGAAGAACAUUCUUCGCGAUAAGGGCUGGUUCCAAAGAGCUGCUGACGUCGAGGACUUCGAACAGGAAUGGAAGAAGGAACUCAGAAGGAAAGACCUAUAUGAUGACGUUGUUGACGUCUACGAAUACGGUAACCAUAAGACUUGUUGGUAA